GGGUAGGCAGGAUGUGGGAGGGAGGACCGGGCUUCGGGAGGAUGCGUCGCCGGGGCAUGGGGCACAGGCCCAAGAGACGCGAGCCGGGCCUUUGUGGGGGCCGGCGGGCCGAGAGCCGGGCACCCCUGGCUCUGUCCGCCUGUCGCCCCCAGCCGUCCCACUGACGUGCCCCUGAACGAGACAGGUCGGGCACUUCGUCCCCAUUGGCUGGACCCAGCCACCCUCCUGCUUCUUCCCGACCAGUUCCCAGCGCGCUACCUGCCCAGCGCCUGCGGGCAUUUGAAUUUGUUUCGGGCCGGCAGUGAACGUGAGAAAAUUAUUUCCUCCCUUUAUCAUCACCCCUGCACUCCCGAGUGACAGGCUUGUUUUGCGCGAGAAGUGAGUCGCCGGCUUCUCCCAGUGGCAGAGCCAGGACUGGACCCAGGUCUUUGGUUUUCUGUGCCCUUUCCUCAAGACAGCAGCCCUCUCCCCGCCAUAGGAGAGCUGAUGUUUUCCCUUUCCGAAACAGCUUUCUCUAGAAAUCUGGAAAUUGUUUACUUGACAGGAGGGGGAGGAAUUGGGUGGGAAGGCUUGAGGUGGAGAAAAGUUGUCACAUGCACGCAGGGAAGUUAGAGAAGGUGCUCUGGAGCCUGCGGUGCUUGGAAUCCUGGUGCCACCCUCCCUGGCUGUGUGGACUGGGGCAAGUUGCUCCCACUCUGCCCUCAGUUUCCUGAUCUAUAAAAUGGGGUGCUGACAGUGCCAACUGUGCUGUGGGACUCGAUGAUGUAUUGAUAGGUAGUGCCUGGCACGCGGUGAGGCUCAGGGAGUUGCUGCUACUGCUGAUGGAGUCCUAGGACCUUUUCCUCUGAGCCAGGGAAAGAGCUGGGCCUGGACCAGGAUGACCCAGCCCUUCUCUCUGGUCCUGUCUACCCCUCGUUCCUUCUGACUUCCUUCUCUGAGGGCACUUGGCAUCAUUUUCAAGUGAUAUAAAGGUUUCAGAGCUGCUGAUUCUGAGGGGUGGAAAGCAGAAGGGGCUUCCUCCUGGCUCCCUUUUUCUUCUCUCAGAUCUGGCUUCUGGAGACUUCUCCCAUCCUAAGGGGAAACUGCCCAGAAAGAGGACAUGGCUACUGAACAGAGGGAAGCAAGGUCUCAGCUGUCAGUGACGUUUGAAGAUGUGGCUGUGCUCUUUACGCGGGAUGAGUGGAGAAAGCUGGCUCCUUCACAGAGAAACUUGUACCAAGAUGUGAUGCUGGAGAACUAUAGUAACCUUGUCUCAUUGGGACUCCCAUUUUCCAAACCCGAGGUGAUCUCCCUGUUGCAGCAAGGAGAAGAUCCCUGGAAGGUAGUGAAAGAAAGCCCUGGAGGCUCCUCUCUAGGAUGGAAGAACAGUUAUAAAACCACAAAGUCAACUCAAACACAAGGUUCUUCAUUUCAGGAGAUGAUAAUGAAAAGAUCCAAAAGGAAUGGACCCUGGGACUUCAAAUCAGAAAAACCUUGCAAAUAUGAAGACAGAUUAGAGAAAAAGCAGAGAAAAACCCAAAGUGUUCAGAUAGUUUCAGUCACUCACAAAAAAAUCUUCACUGUAGAAAGAAAACAUAAAAAUACUGAAUUUGGCCAAAACUUCAGCCUAAAGUCAGUCCUUGUUAGGCAACAGAUGGUUCCCAGAGAAAAAACCCCACCAAAAUGUGAAAUACAAGGAAACAGCUUCAAACAGAAUUCCAAUUUACUUAAUCAACAAAAAAUCAACAUAGCCGGGAAACGUUAUAAAUGUAGUAUGUGUGAGAAAACCUUCAUUAAUACUUCAUCCCUUCGUAAACAUGAGAAAAACCAUAGUGGAGAGAAAUUAUUUAAAUGUAAAGACUGUUCGAAAGCCUUUAACCAAAGUUCAGCUCUUAUUCAACAUCAAAUAACUCAUACUGGAGAGAAACCCUAUAUAUGUAAAGAAUGUGGGAAAGCUUUCACUCUCAGUACAUCCCUUUAUAAACACCUAAGAACACACACUGUGGAGAAAUCCUAUAGAUGUAAGGAAUGUGGUAAAUCCUUCAGCAGAAGGUCAGGCCUUUUUAUACAUCAAAAAAUCCAUGCUGGAGAAAACCCCUAUAAAUAUAAUCCAGGUAGGAAGGCAUCUAGUUGCAACACAUCCCUUCCUGGAUGUCAGAGAAUGAAUUCCAGAAAGAAGUCCUAUUUAUGUAAUGAAUGUGGCAAUACCUUUAAGUCUAGUUCAUCCCUUCGUUAUCAUCAGAGAAUUCACACAGGAGAGAAACCUUUUAAAUGUAGUGAAUGUGGGAGAGCCUUCAGUCAGAGUGCAUCUCUUAUUCAACAUGAAAGAAUUCACACUGGAGAAAAGCCUUAUAGAUGUAAUGAAUGUGGAAAAGGUUUCACUUCUAUUUCACGACUUAACAGACACCGAAUAAUUCAUACUGGUGAGAAGUUUUAUAAUUGUAAUGAAUGUGGUAAAGCCUUAAGUUCCCACUCAACACUUAUCAUUCAUGAAAGAAUUCAUACUGGAGAGAAACCAUGUAAAUGUAAAGUGUGUGGGAAAGCCUUCAGACAAAGUUCAGCUCUCAUUCAACAUCAGAGAAUGCAUACUGGAGAAAGACCCUAUAAAUGUAAUGAGUGUGGGAAAACUUUCAGGUGUAACUCAUCCCUUAGUAAUCAUCAGAGAAUUCACACAGGAGAGAAACCAUAUCGAUGUGAAGAAUGUGGGAUAUCUUUUGGCCAAAGUUCAGCUCUUAUUCAACAUCGAAGGAUUCAUACAGGAGAGAAACCCUUCAAAUGUAAUACAUGUGGGAAAACUUUUAGACAGAGCUCAUCACGUAUUGCCCAUCAGAGAAUUCAUACUGGAGAGAAACCCUAUGAAUGUAAUACAUGUGGGAAACUUUUCAAUCACAGGUCAUCUCUUACUAAUCAUUAUAAAAUUCAUAUUGAAGAGAACCCCUAGAAAGUAGGUUUGCAUGUGUGAAAUUCUGAAACCAAAGCUCAUCAGAAUACAUGAAAGUGAUGUAAUAAAUGUAAUGGAUAUGAAAAGCUAUUCUAUGGUUUAGUCAUCAAAUAAUAAAUUCCAAGGGUAAACCUAUGUAAUAGAUAAUGAGGAAAGUGGAAAUUGUUCAGUCCUAUCAGACACUUUAUAAUAACCUAAAAUGAAGAAUUCCUGACUGGAGACAUUGACUUUGGGCAUUUGUAAAAUAAUUGUUUUCUCUACAGCAUCAUAUGCUGCAUAUCAUAUGUAAUUGUUAUAAACAUCUGGGUGAUGAAGGGAAGUGUGCACUGGAUUUCCUGUUAAACUGUAAACUUAAUACUUUUUAAAAAAUAACUGACAUUGUAAUAGUAUAUAAAAGAUGUGGUCAAAGAAAUUAUACAUUUUUAGAGAAAAGGACCAAAUAAAAGAUUAAAAUGAAUGUAAACUACCUCUCACUUUCUGGGGUUUGUCCUUUUUCUGACUUGAUGGCAAACUUUGUGCAUGGAUUUCAUUUAAAAAUAGAAAUAAAAGUGUUCUCUUCCUUUGUUCUUCUAGUAAUUGCUGUGAAUUGAAAAUUUUCUACCCAAUUUUUAAUUCUGUUCUCAGAAUUAUUUUUUUUGCUCUGAAGUCAUUUAUUAUGAAAUUAUACAUGCUAUAUACUGUGAGCUGUCAUCUUAAGUAUAUUAAAUGGAAAAAUAAGUGAUUUUCAAGUUUAAGGCUAUUAAAUGUAUAUUUAAUAUAUAUUAUACAUAUAUAUUUAAUAACAUAUAUUCUAAAUUCACAACAGAAGGGGCUGUCAAAAGUAGUUU